UUCCUUUAGGAUAGUCGAACAGUUCGCUCCGUGCACUUGCAGCUUCAGCACAGUCUACCGGGCGACUAUUGAAACUCCAGAUUGUUCGAGACGCGCACCGUUAAAAGGGGGUCGCUCCGGAAAACACCGCAAAACCCACAACUGUUAUGGCAAACCGAAGUUGUAAACAGGGUAACAUUCAAAACAAUGCCCCGUCACCAGAUCCCCAAAACGCGAAGUCCAAUUCCGAGUCUCCGGCCGUCGAAGACGGGCCGGGGACCGAGGGGGCAGCGACGCCGCCGCCGUCGGAGCUGGGACCGGAGCCCGGUGCUGGCGAGCCGCGGGAGAUGACGCUCGACUUGAAGAGCUUCAGGAGACCCGGGGAGAAGACUUUCACCCAGCGCUGCAGGCUCUACGUGGGCAACCUCCCCACGGAUCUGACGGAGGACGAUUUUAAGAAGCUUUUCGCGAAGUACGGAGAAGCCAACGAGGUGUUCAUUAACAGAGACCGGGGAUUCGGAUUUAUACGGCUGGAAACCAGGAUGCUGGCAGAGAUCGCCAAAGCCGAGCUGGACGGGACCUUGAUGAAGAACCGGACCAUCCGCGUGCGCUUUGCCACGCACGGCGCAGCGCUGACCGUGCGGAACCUCUCCCCGGCCGUCUCCAACGAGCUGCUGGAGGAGGCCUUCUCUCAGUUCGGGCAGGUGGAGAGGGCCAUUGUGGUGGUGGACGACCGCGGCCGGCACACCGGGAAGGGCUUUGUGGAGUUCGCCUCCAAGCAGGCUGCUCGCAAAGCCCUGGACCGCUGCGCUGACGGGGCUUUAUUACUGACCGGUUCACCCCGUCCUGCUGUUGUGGAGCCUACAGAACAGUUUGAUGAUGAAGAUGGCCUUCCUGAAAAACUGCUGCAGAAAAGCGCACAAUAUCACAAGGAGAGGGAGCAGCCCCCGCGCUUCGCCCAGCCCGGUACAUUUGAGUUUGAGUACUCUUCACGCUGGAAGGCCCUGGAGGAGAUGGAGAAACAGCAGCGCGAGCAGGUGGAGCGCAACAUCCGCGAGGCCAAAGAGAAACUGGAGGCCGAGAUGGAGGCAGCUCGGCACGAGCACCAGCUCAUGAUGAUGAGACAAGAUCUAAUGAGGCGUCAGGAGGAACUGCGGCGACUGGAGGAACUGAGGAACCAGGAGCUGCAGAAACGCAAGCACAUAGAAAUGAGGCAUGAAGAAGAGAGGCGGAGGCGUGAGGAGGAGAUGAUGCGCCAUCGUGAGCAGGGCGACAUGAGGCGCCCGCCGGACGGGUUCAAGCCCAACUACGCGGACAGCAGAGAGCAGGAAAUGAGAAUGGGUGAUAUGGGGCCACGUGGAGCAGUAAAUAUGGGAGAUGCAUAUAACCCAGCUGCCACUAACGCUAACCAGGGACCCCCCCAAAUGAUGGGGGCGAACGUGCCGGGCUGCGGUGGAGCCCCUGGGCCCGAGGGAGCCGCAAACAUGGGGACGCCAGUGAUGCCGGAUAACGGAGGCAUGCGUGGGGACAGGUUCCCCCACAGUGGCGGCCCCCCCCCCUCAGCUGAGCUCCCCCAUGGGUGGCCGGCCUGUGGUGGAGCCCCAGCAGCAGCUGCCGCCCAUGGUUGGGGCGGGCCCGGGCCCGGGUCCCGCAGGGGGCGCGGGUGGGAACGGGGCUUUCGGGCACGGCAGCCCAGCCGGGGUGAACUUUGAUGGGCCCAACAGCAAACGGCGAAGAUACUGAGCUACACAGGUCAAGCGGGAGCGUUUUUGCUUCCCUCCCCCGCACAAGGACCUCUUUUCCCUGUCCACAUACCUGAAUGAUUCAUCACACUGUUUUUUUUUUAAUCAGUAUUUUUUUGAAGGUUUGAGCUCUCCCUCUAUGCCUAAUUAAAAAAACUGCUCCAAGGCAAGGAGCCAGGCUUGAUUAGUGAAAACAAACGGGAAGUUUAGCCUGAAUCUGUCAGGAAAAAAAAAAUACCAAAAAGACCUUCUUAGUGCCCUACAACAUAAUUUAGAGAAUUUAAAUAUCUUCCAACAGUUUAGUUAGAAAGUAAAAUAAACAAUGCAUUUUUUUCAGCCUGACAGCGUAUAGUCUAAAAAGAAAGGAUUAAAAUCAAGCAUGGCUGCGAAUUGCUUAGAACCAUCUUGCUGCCAUGACAAACUGAUUUCUUUUUCACCCUCAUAUUGUUAUAUGAUGUUUCCUUUGUCUUUUUUUAAAAUUCUGACUUUUAUCGGUGUCGUUUGAAGGAACUGAAUGAGAUUUGUUUUAAAUACAAUGUCAGUUUAGGCCUGAAUGUUCCAGUAUCUAAGCGCAUGCGUCUGGGUUUUAUCCUCUGACCAGUUUGUGUAUGGGUGGAAUAUUCUUAAAUCUUGCCACGUUGUGCCCUACAGUUUUGGCAUUUGUAAUAAAACACUAAUUUGAAACCCUGGCUGUGUACAGUGCUGCUUCCAGAAGCCUUUGGGCAUCUGUUCAACAGUUUGUUUGAAUGUUGCAAAAAAAUGCAUUUUAUGGUUUGAGGUUUUGUUUCACGUGUAUCAGAAGUGUUUUCCCACCAUCCUCAUACACCUCGUUCUUUUUUUCCUUUUCAUUUUUUAAGAUUGAAAUAAGAGGAAAAUGCAUGUGGCAAAGAGAGUAACACCUUCCUACAAUUUCUGUUCAUUGGCAGAAUCAGACUACAAACAAACAAAAAAGACUAUGUUUGAAUUAUGCCCACUACUGAAGUAUGAAGUACAAAAUAACUUGUGAUGGGGGGUGUAUUUUAUGGGAAUUUUAUUAGUUUAACCGUCAUUUAUCAAUGAAGGUGAAUUGAGAGCAAGUUUGCAUUUGGAUUUAGAAACUGGACUAGAAGACCAUAGCCAUAGCAAGGAAAUACAAUAGUACACAUAAAA